AGACAACCGCUUAAAUCAGUAACUUUGCACAAUGUAUUUGGUGGUCCCAUCAUAUACUACACGUGUAGCAGUAUAACAUCCUAUGCUUUAACUUUCUAAAAAUGAGUUCUUUCAGCUAUGUAUACUUGUCUCAGCGUGCAGAAACAAAGAGAACUGUCUGCAGUUGUGUGCUUGGUGUCCAAGAUCAAGCAUUUAUGGUAUGGAAUCUGGUACAUAUAUUUAAAGCUCAUAAACAGCAGAUAUGUAUAAGGUACAUCAGUGUAUCUCUGUAGGCACAUGUGAGGGAGCCUUGCGUGUUCCACAUUAGCAUACCGAAUGGCUGACACCCCGCUGUAUUUUUCAGACGGCUGGUAAUUGCAGCCUCUCCCUGUGUCAGGCACACCCAGGCUGCGCUCUCCAGCUCUGGAAUCAGAGCUUCUCACAGAUAUCUGUCAACAAAAAAAGAUUUUGUUACCGGCGUCCACAGCAAGUACACUAACAGGUCUAAAUGGCUGACUUCUCUCGUUCUUCUAUUUCCUAUGAUUUGCCUCUUUGGCGUCCAGACUCAGUAAAUAGUGAACAUACGUUGUACCUGAGCUCUCCUUCAUCAGAAACCUACUCAACAGAGUCCUACACUAAAAAUGUGUCCUAUUCUCAAAGCAUCGAAGAGACCUUUAAAACCGCAGUGAAAGUGACAUCUGAGACCAAACCUGCACUCAACCUGGAGGAUGGCGAGGAGAAGCUUAACACAGAACUGUCCGCCUUCAAAGACAAGAUUAGAUACCUGGAGAAACAGCGUGAGGUUUUGCAGGAACGUUGGUCAAUGCUACAAGUAGAAGACAACUCUGAAAAAGAUCUGGAACCCAUUUAUAUGUCUUAUAUAAGUCGCCUCCUUGGACAAGUCAAAGGUGUAACCAAGAGAAACAACCAAACUCAGAAGGAGCUUCUGCAAUUUAUGGAUUCUGUCAAUGACGUUAAAGACAAGUUUGAAGAGCAGUUGUGUGUACGUAAUGACUCGGAACAUGCUUUUGUGACACUGAAAAAGGAUGUGGACACUUGUAGCUUAGACCGAACCGAACUGGAAGCAAAACUCCGGGAGCUAAGUGAGACCAUCGAGUUCUUGAAGUCAGUUUAUGAACAAGAACUGAAAGAGGUCAUAGAAGAGUCUGGGGACAUUUCAGUGUUGGUGAAUAUGUCCCAUUCCUGUCCAUUAAACCUGGAGAGUGUGGUACAGGAGGUGAAGGAACGGUAUGAGAGCAUUGUAGCUCGGAGUCGAGAAGAGGCACAAUCGCUCUCAAGGAUUAAGUUACAGCAAGGGGUAAAGCAAGCUGGACGUUAUGAGGUAGAGCUGGAGAACAACCGCAGUCAUAUCACACAGCUCAACAGCAAGAUCCAGAGGCUGAGGUCAGAGGUCCUAACCAUCCAGAACCAGUGCGUACAACUGGAGAAACGCGUGUCGGUGGCCAAGACUAAAAGUAGUACCUCUGUCCGAGAUGCCAAUGCAAAGCUUGUGGAAGUACAGGAAGCUCUGCAGAAAGCAAAGCAGGAGGUCGCCCGGCAGAUCCGAGAAUACCAGGAGCUAAUGAACGUCAAACUGUCUCUGGAUAUGGAGAUUGUCACAUAUAGAAAACUGCUGGAAGGAGAAGAGUGCAGGUUAAAUUCACCUACUGUUGUGAAUAUUCACCGUGAAACUGAAAGAAAAAGACCCAGGUCCUCCGGCUCUCGGACAAGCAGUAGUUCAUGGAGUAUACACAGCAAUAUGUCAGAUAACUGAGCGGCAUCUGGAUUCUAGCAGACCUCCCUCUGUCACUGCCAUCUCUUACUUUACUUGCCAUACCAUGCCUAGAUACCAUGCUAGCACUAGUGGUAACUACAUUGUCUUGUGGUCUUUAAAACACUGUUUUUAAGAAAGUAUCAAAUUAAGAAUUAUAUAAAUCCUAUUGUGCCAAAACCACUCAAAUGCAAAUAAUUUCAAGUUUUUAUAGUUAAUUCUUAAUUUUACCCAAAUGAAUGUAUUGUUUGUGUCGCAAUUAUAUGUGUCACUUAUCUUUCAAUGAUAGAUGUGAAUGGUCUAUCUAGUUGUCUAUAUGGUAAAGCCAUAACGACAGCAAUAACAUGGAAAUAGGUCAAAAUAAGGUAAAAUCAUAUUAUCAAGUAAAUAAUUAACAAACAACUUAAAACACAGACUUAGGGUAUAUGGUCAUGGACAUGGCAGUCACAUUCUACAUAAGGGUAUAUGGUCAUGGACAUGGCAUUCACCAGUCUAUAUAAGGGUAUAUUGUCAUGAACAUGAAAGUUACCAGUACAUAUAAGGGUAUAUGGUCAUGGAAAUUACAGUCACCAGUAUAUAUAAGGCUACUUUCACACUAGCGUUCGAUCGGAUCCGUUCUGAACGGAUCCGAUCAUAUUAAUGCAGACGGAGGCUCCGUUCAGUACGGAUCCGUCUGCAUUAAUAAAAAUUCUAAGUGUGAA